CCGCGCUCCCGUCCCGCAUCCCCACCAACAGAAAAUAAAAAUCCGCGGCCGCCGCCGCCGCAAUGCAGCGCCUCUCCCUGGGGUCGCCAGCCGGGAGGUCCUUCCGCCUGAGCGUGGCCGGCGACGAGGAGGCUGAGGCGGCGGACGAGAAGGCGGCGAAGGCGGUGGCCAGGUCCCCGGCGCCGGACAAGUCCAUCCACCUGGUCCCCGUCCUCACUCUCCUGUGCCUCCUCGUCCUCUUCCUGCUGUCCCAUGACCCCUCCGCCGCGCUCACCGAUUCGCCCGUGCUGGCCGCGGCCGCCACCGUCACCGCACGCUCCUUGGAGGCCACCGCUGCUGGCGCAGGCGGAGCGGACGCGACGGCCGCGUCCAGCGGCGUGUACCGGCGGCUGAAGGAGGACUCGAGGCGGCCGCAGCAGCAGUCCCGCGGGCGGAGGCUGGGGAUGGCGCGGCGGCGGUGAUGUCAGCGCAGGAGACGCGAAGCUAGCCGUUGGGAUGCGCUGCCGAUGACGCAGCGGAGGAGGAGCGUCACUGUUGCUGUUUGCUUUUUUCCUUGUCUGGUUCGCCUUUCUGGUGGCACUGAAAAGUGAGAAUGGCAUUCAUGGCUUGGUGGUGGUGGUGGUGACGGUCUUCGUCAUCCCAUUUGGAAUUUGGAAUUCGAUUUGAGUAAGUACUAGAAAAAAAAAAGAGAGAAAUGCCUUGCAGAAA